AUGACGUGGUUCAGGCCAUUGACUGUAGGGGCCUUUGUUGGCGUGGCUGUUGCACAGGACUUGGCCACAGUACUCGCAAACACACCCGAGUUGUCCAACCUUACCUCCUACUUGGAACUGUUUCCGGACCUCACGACGACGUUGGGAGCGCUCCAGAACAUCACUCUUCUUGCACCCAGCGACAAUGCUUUUGCGAAGCUGUUCAACUCCCCCGCAGGACUUGGCCUGGUUCAGAACGACACCUCGGCAAUCGAAGCACUGUUGACCUACCACGUGUUGAACGGGACGUCUACCGACUUUGGCGACAAGCUGUUCAUCCCGACUCUUCUGCAAUCGCCUCAAUUUACCAACGUAACUGGCGGUCAAGUGGUCGGAGCAACUUCCAACAAGAACGAAGUUUCCUUCACCUCGGGGUUGCUCAGCAAUGCCGGUGUCAGCAGCGGCCCUGUCACCUUCAGUGGUGGCGUGGUACACAUUCUGGACAGCGUCUUGACUAUCCCGCAAAACAUAUCGGAUACGGCAAUUCAACUCAACCUCUCUGCUGCUGUGGGUGCUCUCACCAGUGCAAACCUGGCGACAGCGGUCGACAUCCUAUCUGAUGUUACCUUGUUUGUCCCCAAUAACGAAGCGUUCGAGGCGAUCGGUUCUGCUCUCCCAAAUCUGACCACGCAAGACUUGUCCUCGAUCCUCCAGUAUCAUCUGGUUCAAGGCGUGGUCGGGUACAGCACCCUGUUGCAGAAUGGCAAGGUGCAAACGGCUCAGGGCAACGACCUGACCAUCACCAUCGAGAACGGGGAGGUCUUUGUGAAUAGUGCACGAGUGGUUGUGCCCGAUGUCCUCGUCGCUAAUGGUGUGGUUCACGUCAUUGACAAUGUGCUGAACCCCAACAACACCACCGCGAUGCCCAAACCAUCCCAGACAUCUGGCUCGCCCGCAUUCAGUGGUGCUAGCUCUGCCAGCAGCAUCCCUUUCACCUCGGGAGUGGCUGUGCCAACUACCACGAUGGCUAGUCAAUCCGCCACAGGUGCAACGGCGACAUCAAGCAGUAGUUCUGGAGCUGCGGUACCGGCGAGAACUGGUGUGGUUGGUGCAGCGGCCGUAUGCGGCGCGGCGCUUCUAGUUUUGAACAUGUAA